AUCAAAACAGCAUUUUCGCGCGUUUUCGCUAUUGUUGUUGAUUAGUUUGCAAAGUAAACAGUAUUUUUGGACUUUAUUCUGUAUUUUUAUGUGUUUUCUAUCCAAAAUAACACUUAAUUGGAGUGCUUAAACAGUUAAACUUGUAAUAUGGCGAGAACUAAGGCUUCUGUCGGAUCUAAAGUGUCCGCUGGUAAGAGCAGUAAGGCUAGAUGCUGCGUGGCACCUACUCCAAGCAGCUCUGGAGUCAGUUCCAGUUCAGAUAAAGGCUCCAAAGGCUACUCCGGUGGCAACCCGGUAUGUCCACGAGAGACUCCUAAGUGGCAGAAACCGAUCACCAGAUUCUUCAUCAGCAAGGAAGAUCCUCGAGACGAGGAGGUGGAAGUUGAUGAUGAGACUGCCACAUCAUCAAAAGCGAAGCCGAAACCCAACGUGAUCCAAUCAGAUUCCGAAGAAGAGGUUUUAAUAGAAAAACCAAAAAAUAACGUUUUAGACGAAAGCCUGGAUCUUGAGCCAUUAAACGGUGAAGAUAGUCACAAAAUUGAGGAGUAUUACCCUAAGGGAUCUAAGGGGAAAGGGGUGGGUAAGAAAAGUAAGGGUAAGGAGAAUAGAGGGGAUGUAAAGAGGGUAAGGGAAGAUGAGGAUGUUGAGAGUGAUAGUAAGAGGGUGAAAGUUAAUUAGGACUCUUUUGUUGUAUGUAUA